UGGCCCUCCAUGUGGGUGUUCUAAGAUAAGAUCGUACGGAGGUGAAAUCUGAAGUUGGACAGCAUCUUCUCCGCGUUUUCUUGCCCCUUUCCUCCAUUCUCAGCUUCUUAGAACCAGCUCCUCUCUUCUUCUUCUACUUCUUCUUCUUAUUAUUCUAUUAUGUGCGUAAAAGAAAUGGUUUUCUUAUUGAAUUGGGACAACCUGGAUUGGGAGAAGGAAAGGAAAAUUCAGGGGGAAAAAUAGGGAAAGAGAAUAAAAACUGGGUUCUUGUUAAUGUGAAGAAGAUAACUUGUUUUGGUAGCCAUUAAGUGUUUGUUUAUCUCUCACCUUUGGAGGGCGGACUUCGCCGGAUGGGGAAUUGCUUGGAUUCGUCUGUAAGAGUUGAUACUGCUCAUAGCUCCCAUAUUAGCAGCGGGUUUUGAUAAUCAUGGUUGGGUAUAAUUUCUGCUCUGAAGUUUUGAUGCGUGGGUUGGUUGGGCCCUUGAAAUUCUCUUCUGAACCUUUGAUACGAGCCUCAAAAUGUACCAGCAGAACUAGCAAUUCUUCUGCUCGUUCCACCCUGACAGUUCCAUCUUACAGUGAAAGGAGUUCUGGAAGUCUCCUCACUCCUCGAUCUGAAGGUGAAUUAUUGUCAUCCCCUCAUUUAAAAGCCUUCUCAUUUAAUGAGUUAAGGAUUGCCACCAGAAACUUCCGUCCCGACAGUCUUCUUGGGGAAGGAGGCUUUGGUUAUGUGUUUAAAGGAUGGAUUGAUGAAAAUACGCUCACUGCUGUAAGGCCUGGAUCUGGUAUGGUCAUUGCUGUCAAGAAGCUUAAACCAGAGGGUUACCAGGGCCACAAGGAGUGGUUGACUGAAGUCAAUUAUCUUGGGCAACUUCAUCAUCCGAAUCUGGUUAAACUCGUUGGCUACUGCGCAGAGGGUAAUAACCGGCUUUUGGUAUACGAGUUCAUGCCCAAAGGAAGCUUGGAGAAUCAUCUGUUUCGAAGAGGGCCCCAGCCACUGCCUUGGGCAACAAGGAUUAAAGUGGCAAUAGGUGCGGCCAGAGGUCUUUCUUUUAUGCAUGAUGCUGAAUCACAAGUCAUUUAUCGUGAUUUCAAAGCUUCUAAUAUCCUACUAGAUAUGGACUUCAACGCGAAACUGUCUGAUUUUGGAUUAGCUAAGGCAGGGCCCACCGGCGAUCGAACCCAUGUUUCUACUCAAGUUAUGGGUACUCAGGGCUAUGCAGCACCAGAAUAUGUGGCUACAGGUCGGCUGACGGCAAAAAGCGACGUAUACAGCUUUGGGGUUGUUUUGCUGGAGCUGUUGUCGGGUCGCCGGGCUGUUGAUAGAUCAAAGUCUGGUGUGGAGCAGAACCUAGUGGUCUGGGCAAUGCCAUAUUUGGGCGACAAACGAAAACUAUUCAGGAUAAUGGAUACCAAUUUGGGGGGCCAAUACCCCCAAAAAGCUGCUUACACAGCCGCCACCAUUGCCUUACAGUGUUUAUGCAUGGAGCCUAAAUUCCGGCCAAGGAUGUCAGACGUUUUAGCAACUCUAGUGAAGCUCGAGGAUCCCAAGAAUAUUUCCGGCAGCAAACAGUCCCAAUCAGGGCAUCAGACAGUUCCUGAUUCAGCCGGCAAGUCGCCAAUGAGGCACCGCCAGUCACCUAUGAAUCCGGCAGCAGCCACUGCGUCCCCGCUGUUGCACUACCGGCACUCACCCCGCGUUCGAUGACCAGAUUUGUAAAGCGGCGGCGGCAGCAGAAACAGUCUUUGUUUUGUUUAUAGAUAGGAUGUUGUUUGGGCAUCUUUGCAUUCUAUGAAUAUUAUUAAUUGUAUCAUAUUUUUGGGCUUUGCGAAGAAUCAGCCACAUUCGUUGCUGAUUUUGACUUUGGUUGUUCGUUGGUUGGUUGGUUGGUGUAACAAAUUUAAAUUUUAGUGAAGCAUAAAGAAUGUGAAAUUAUUCAAAGUGUGGCAUUAUAUAUAUAUAUAUAUAGAAGUCACAGUAUUUUACCAUUACCAUGGUGCUAUUUGCCAUUUGAAUUCUUGUAUAGACAUAUUGUCUUAGAGACUUUAAUAUAAACCGAACAAUUAUUAUUGUA